UGCCAUGAGCCGCCCGGCCCCGGCGCCGAGCGGCCGCUCCGCCUGAGCCCCGGGCAGCAGCCGCCGCCGCCGCCCGCGUCCCCGCUGCCCCUGGGGCCGUAGGGCCGCGCCGGCCCGCGCCCUCCCCAACGAUGCCCCAUCUCUGGCCGGCGCUCCGCCGCGUCCUCUUGGAAUACUGGGCAGCGCUCCUGGUCGGCGGCUUCUGGGGACAGAGCUCGCACGGGAUGCCGCAUGUCAUCCGGAUCGGAGGAAUCUUUGAGUACGCAGAUGGCCCCAACACGCAGGUGAUGAGCGCCGAGGAACAAGCGUUCCGAUUCUCCGCCAACAUCAUUAACAGGAACAGAACUCUGCUGCCCAACACAACCCUCACCUAUGACAUCCAGAGGAUACACUUCCACGACAGCUUUGAAGCAACUAAGAAAGCCUGUGACCAGCUGGCUCUGGGGGUCGUUGCAAUAUUUGGACCUUCCCAAGGCUCCUGCACCAACGCUGUCCAGUCUAUCUGCAACGCCCUGGAAGUGCCCCACAUACAGCUGCGAUGGAAGCAUCACCCUUUGGAUAACAAGGACACUUUCUAUGUCAACCUGUAUCCUGACUAUGCUUCCCUGAGCCACGCCAUCCUGGACCUGGUGCAGUAUCUGAAAUGGAGGUCAGCCACCGUGGUGUACGACGACAGCACAGGCCUGAUACGGCUGCAGGAGCUCAUCAUGGCCCCGUCCCGCUACAACAUCCGCCUGAAGAUCCGCCAGCUCCCGCUGGACACCGACGACGCGCGGCCGCUGCUGAAGGAGAUGAAGCGGGGCCGGGAAUUCCGCAUCAUCUUCGACUGCAGCCACCUGAUGGCGGCUCAGAUCCUCAAGCAGGCUAUGGCAAUGGGGAUGAUGACAGAAUAUUACCACUUCAUCUUCACCACUCUGGAUCUUUAUGCAUUAGACCUAGAACCAUAUCGCUACUCUGGGGUGAACCUGACCGGCUUCCGGAUCCUCAACGUGGAGAACCCACACGUGUCCUCCAUCAUCGAGAAGUGGUCCAUGGAGAGGCUGCAGUCGGCGCCCAAGGCAGAGCUGGGGCUUCUGGAUGGUGUGAUGAUGACAGACGCUGCCCUGCUGUACGACGCGGUGCACGUGGUGUCCGUGUGCUACCAGCGCGCCCCGCAGAUGACCGUCAACUCCCUGCAGUGCCACCGCCACAAGGCCUGGCGGUUCGGAGGCCGCUUCAUGAACUUCAUAAAAGAGGCCCAAUGGGAAGGAUUAACGGGACGCAUUGUCUUUAAUAAAACCAGUGGUUUACGGACAGAUUUUGAUUUGGAUAUCAUCAGUCUCAAAGAAGACGGCCUUGAAAAGGUCGGAGCAUGGAGCCCUUCUGAUGGUUUGAACAUCACGGAAAUCUCCAAGGGACGAGGGCCCAACGUCACGGACUCGCUGAGCAACAGAUCUCUGAUUGUCACCACGGUGCUGGAGGAGCCCUUUGUCAUGUUCCGUAAGUCCGACACGGCCCUGUUUGGGAAUGACCGCUUCGAGGGCUACUGCAUCGACCUCCUGAAGGAGCUGGCCAUCAUCCUGGGCUUCUCCUACGAGAUCCGCCUGGUGGAGGACGGCAAAUACGGGGCACAGGAUGAGAAGGGGCAGUGGAAUGGCAUGAUCAAGGAGCUCAUCGACCACAAAGCUGAUCUGGCCGUGGCUCCUCUGACCAUCACUCAUGUCAGGGAGAAAGCCAUCGACUUCUCCAAGCCCUUCAUGACCCUGGGGGUCAGCAUCCUCUACAGGAAGCCCAACGGGACCAACCCCAGCGUGUUCUCCUUCCUGAACCCUCUCUCUCCUGACAUCUGGAUGUACAUCCUGCUGGCCUACCUGGGGGUCAGCUGUGUGCUCUUUGUCAUAGCCAGGUUCAGCCCAUACGAGUGGUACGACGCCCACCCCUGCAACCCGGGCUCGGACAUCGUGGAGAACAACUUCACCCUCUUGAACAGCUUCUGGUUCGGGAUGGGAGCGCUGAUGCAGCAAGGCUCGGAGCUGAUGCCCAAAGCCCUGUCCACACGGAUCAUUGGUGGCAUAUGGUGGUUCUUCACCCUCAUUAUCAUCUCGUCCUACACGGCCAACCUUGCGGCCUUCCUGACGGUGGAGAGGAUGGAAUCCCCCAUCGACUCGGCAGAUGACCUGGCAAAGCAGACAAAAAUAGAGUAUGGAGCAGUGAAGGAUGGAGCUACCAUGACCUUCUUCAAGAAAUCCAAAAUCUCCACAUUUGAAAAAAUGUGGGCUUUCAUGAGCAGCAAACCCACGGCACUGGUUAAGAACAACGAGGAGGGGAUCCAGCGAACGCUGACGGCCGAUUACGCGCUGCUGAUGGAGUCCACCACCAUCGAGUACAUCACCCAGAGGAACUGCAACCUCACCCAGAUCGGGGGGCUCAUCGACACCAAAGGCUACGGCAUCGGGACGCCCAUGGGGUCACCGUACAGGGACAAGAUCACCAUCGCCAUCCUGCAGCUCCAGGAGGAGGACAAGCUCCACGUCAUGAAGGAGAAGUGGUGGCGGGGGAAUGGCUGCCCUGAGGAUGAGAACAAGGAGGCCAGUGCUCUGGGCAUCCAAAACAUCGGGGGGAUCUUCAUUGUCCUGGCAGGAGGCCUGGUGCUGUCCGUCUUCGUGGCCAUGGUGGAGUUCAUCUACAAGCUGCGCAAAACGGCGGAGCGCGAGCAGCGCUCCUUCUGCAGCGCCAUGGCCGACGAGAUCCGGCUGUCGCUCACCUGCCAGCGCCGGGUCAAGCACAAGCCCCAGGCCCCCGUGAUGGUGAAGACGGACGCCGUGAUCAACAUGCACACCUUCAACGACCGACGGCUGACCGGCAAGGACAACAUGACCUGCAACACCGGACUGGCACCUGUGUUUCCCUAGGGAAUGGCAGUGGGGGGGUGGGAGGGAAGGAAUUGCGGCAGACACGGCUGGAUGCACCCUUAACUAGGGAAAGAUGGAUUAAAAACCGAGGAAAAAAAAAAGAAAAAAAAAAAAAGAAAAAAAAAAAAAAGAAAAAACCCGCCUGGUUUGUUCAUUUCAAGAACAAGGCCUUUGCAACCCAGCUGUAUCCAUCACCGCAGAGGAGCCAGAACUUCCAAGCACGGACAGUAACGCGGGUCUUGGGGCUUUUUGCGUUUGUUUUGUUACUUUUCAUUCCUUUUUUUUUUUUAAUGCUUCGAUCCUCCAGGCCUCGUGGAGUCCAACCACCACCCAGGAGUCUGAUGUUUACACGCUGCAAACACACGGAGGUGAAGCAGAAUCGAGCCAGCCCCGAGCGGGUGAGGAGGAGCCCCGAGCGUGGCUCCAUCAGCACGGCAAUAAACAGGAACACUCGGUCAGGGCUGAGCACCUGCUCCACACCCACACACACAGCACAUUUUGGAUACACUGUCCAGGAAAGGGAGAGGCACCUGGGAAGCAGCAGGAUGGUCGAGGCUGUGCCUGCCCUGGCGCAGCUGGCGGUGGCCCUCAGCUCGCGGCUGUGCUGGCCGCAGCCACCCGCAGCGGGACAGCCACGUGGGAGCGUGGCGGCAGAAGGUGACACUCGUUCCUCAGCAGAUCCAGGGCAGCCAACUGGCAAGGGGAAGGUGAGCCUGAAAUGUACCCAAGCUCCGGGCCAGGGAGGGCGCAGCGUGGCACGCACAGGACCUUCUGCACCUCCAAGUGACAGCACCCACAGUCCCCGUGCCAGCCCAGCCCAGGGUGACACUGUGAUCUCCUGACACCGUGAUCUCCUGACACCGUGAUCUCCAGGCCCUCAGCUCUGUCUCUGCUCUUCCUGCACAGCUCACUCUAUCCUCCAGAGAAGCAUGGGAAGCAACCACGUCCACAGGCUCCAGCAGCAGGAGGAGCAGAGCUGCUUCCAAGAGCCAAAAGUACCGAUUUCCAUGAAAUUCAGCAGUGCUGAACUGCAGCUCACACUGGGAGGGGACUGUGGGCCUGGUUUAGGACUAAGCGCUCUCCAUGGCAUCAAGGACCUGAAAGAUGAAUCUCAGCCAGGGCUGACCUGGGAGAAGCAGAGCCAAGCCUGGGAUCCCUCCUGCUCUGACCAGGAACUGCCACCCCUCAGGCAGCCUCUCCAUGGGAAUUAAGCAAACAUACACUAAAAUGUUUUUAGGAAAUCUUCCAUGAAUUGUCUUCUUAUUUUUAGGUUGCUUAACCCACAAGGUUGGUCCUGCAGAUGAAUUUAGGCAGAAUUACCAAAGACCCCUCUGCUGGCCUAAGGUAACACUCAAGUUACUUCCCUCAGCUCCAUCCCUGCCAGGGGACCCACAGGCAGCCAGUGGGAUUCAUUCACAAAAUUUAACAAAUGGAAAUUCCUCUGCCCACCAUAACCCAGAAUGUCACACAUGUGAUGCAAAGGUGCUCAAAAGCUCUGGUUUUAGCCACUGGUGGUGCAGAAAACAGCAACACCCUUCCCCUGCAGGGGUAAGAGGGACAGUGACCCUGCAGGACCUCACCUGUGUGGAGGGCAGGUGGGGCAGGGAUGGAGCAGCCACUGCUGCACCCAGCUCUGGGCCAUGGGUGCUGCGGGUGCUGAGGCCACCACGGCCCUCCUGAGCUGCACAGCCACUCUGGAAAGUUUAUCCUCGCCCAAAGGAACAAACCUGACUUCCGCUGAUUUGGGAUUUUUCCCCCGUGCUCAGUCAGGAGGGUUGUCUCGAGCUGAGCAGAAUUAGCAGAUUAGCUCAAGAGGGAAGAGCUGCUCCCCCACCCCAUCAUGGAACACAGUUUGUACUUAUUUUGCUUUUUCCAUGAUGUAAAGAAACAAUAGAGUGACCCCAAGCAAAACCAGGUGAUUUGUCAUAGUUUGAUUCAAGUAAAGAUAUGCAAAGAAUUUACAUUCAUUUUCACCUUUUCACAAAAACUGUGAAAAAUUAGGGAUGAAAGUUGCCAAUGCAAUGGGCAUCAGAUUCUUAAUAAUUUGCUGCACAAAUACCUUGAGCAGAGGACAAACUGAAGUGUGGGGCAGCUUCCCAAAGCUAAUGACAUGCUUUCUGUAUUCCUUUGCAAAUCCUUAGGCUUGUCAGAGUAGUAGAUUUUAUGUUUUCCUUGCGGAUUUCUAAGCUCUAAAAAAAAAAAAAAAAAGCAGAGAUGCAAACAAAGCCCGAAACUGGCUUUAAAUGUCCAGAGAGUAAAAUACCACAGAAAUCAGCAUUCAUUUUGCUUCUUGGCAGAUUUUUAAAAAAUAAAUAAAUAUUGCUAAUACCACAAACCCCAUUUAUUUAUUGACACCAGCCUGAUUUGAUUUUAAUCACAAAUGUGACGGGUGAGCAUCUGGAAUUACUGGUGUACUGCCAGCCAGAUCAAACCCUGCAGAUGAACCUUUUUCCUUCCAUCCCUACACCCCUAAACCAGCCACGAACUGCAGCCAAAUUCCCGCAUCGACGUGAUGGCUUUGUGUUGAAGUUUUGAUCACUGGAAGGCUUGAUAUCCAACAAGGGAAUGUUUUAGCUCACAAAAAAUGCAGAGGAGCUGCUGGGACCCCAGCCUGGUGCAGACCCUUCCCCCUGGCCCCGUUCACUGUGACCCGAGGGGACGUGCAGGAUUUCAGCCCCAGCCUUCCUGCGGGACCAGGGGCAGCUCACCCAGGAGAGCUCCGAGCCUCUCCCGCAUGCUCCUGGUGCCCAAAGCCAUGUGUGCUCAUGCCAGAGGAGGAGCAGCCAGCCCAGGGCCUCAGAGCCACGUUUGGGAGGCUUGGGAAGGGACAGAGUUGAUGACAAAGCCUCAAAGCCUUCUGUGAGCCCAUCCGUGACCUGGCUGGGACUAGUGACAAGUCACGUCUGAAAUCAUCCAACUUCCAACGCUGUUCCUUUCUUCACUUGGGCAGAGGGACUGGAAAACUGAGGAGGAAAUACAGAAAAAGCAGGUUUGGGUUAUUAAACUGUAUUAAAACUGUUGUCACCUCGGCUCACCAUCCCCUUAUCACUUGCUUUUUCCUUCCAACUCUCCCGUGAGACAGAGCAGGGACAGCCAGCUGCUUCCCUGGGGUGGAUUUUCUGUUUGGAGUCAACCAACAGCACGUGGCAGGUGUGAUGUGGAGGGGACAGACCCACAGAGAGAUGGAAUAUGCAAAGGGGAGCCACCUCCAGCUCUGGGCACCCACUGCUCCACCUCGGUGCUGGCAGCAGGACUCGGCUGGGUGCCAGCACUGAGGCUCUCCAGGAAGGUCACAGCAAAGGGACACGGUGGGUGCUGGUGGCUUCACCCAGUGUUCACCCAGCACCCAGUGACCGUGGGGUACCACAGUCCCCAGAGUGCUCGGGGCUGGCAUUGGCAUCAUGAGCCCUCUGCUCUGUACCUUACUUUGACAUGUUUCUCAAAAAAAAAAAGAAAAAAUAAAAUUAAAAAAUAAAAUAAAAUAAAAAAAAAAAAAACAGAAAAGAGUGGGAAAAAGGAAAAAAUAGUCUCCGUGACAUUCAGGGGAUUUUCCUUUGUGGACAUGCAGAAUUUCUAUGAAUAUAGUUUUUUGUAAACAUUUUGUAACAAUUUUGGUUUCAUAGUAACUGUGUUACUUGCUGAUCAUUCUAGGCUGAUGUAAAUACAAUUUCCAAAAAAUAAAAAAAAAAAAAAGAAAAAAUUCUGAUUAUUUUCCUUUUUAAGACACUGUGAUAUAUCAAAGUGCACAGUUUGCUGUAUGAAGUAAUAUGGUUUUAAAUUUUAAAUAAAUAAUUUCUAGAAAAUAA